CUUCCGUUGCCGGCGGCGAGGCUGAGCUGAGCGAGCGGCGGGCAGGGCGGCUGAGCGGGCGAGGCUGGCAGCGGCGGCGCCCGGGGAUGGCAGCCUCGGUGGGGCCGGGGACCCGCACCAAGACCAAGAAGAAGCACUUCGUGCCGCAGCGUGUGAAGGUGCUGCGGUCAGCCGACCCUCUGCUGGGCGUGCUGGGCUGGGGGAUCAACCACCAGGUAACGCCUCCCGGUCAGACCCCAGAUUGGGAUGGCUCAGUGGGUAGAGUGUGGGACUCGUAAUUCAGGGUCGUGAGUUCGAGCCCUACGUUGGGUGAAAGGUUCCUGCAUUGCAAGGGGUUGGGCUGGAUGACCGUCGGAAUCCCUUCCAAUUCUACCCUUGACCGUGUAUGUGGGAUGCGGCGGGCAGCUGCUGAGCUGGGGCGGGGCGAGAUCUACUCCUGGUAGGUGGGAGAAGGAAGGACCGUUCUUGUUUAGGAUGCAUUCACAAAACUGUCCUGAAUUGCAAUAAUUUGCGUUUUUCUAUUGUGAUCCACCAUGGGAUCUUUGGAUGAAGGACAGUAUACAAAUUAUUAUUAUUUACAUGCUUAAUCUCUCUGUAGCAAAACAACAACCCCCAAACUCCUUACAGACCAUAAGACGUCAUUAUGGCACAUGCUUUCACGGGCCAGAAUCCCCUUCAUCACAUGCACAUAAAGCAUUAUCCUGAUCCAGAGGUAUUUGGCAACUUUGGUAUCCAACACAUUCCUUCCCACCACCACUUGUUACCUCUUUCUUUUUAUCACUUCACCAUCACCAUUCUUCAAGAUAUAAUAGCUUAUAGUAGCUGCCCCUCUUCUCUUUUCAGUUAAUCUUCCCCAAUACCUGGUGCUAAGAAUUGUUCACUGUGUGAAUACACUGGCUAGCAAUAAUUUCUGCUUUGUUACAGUUUAUAUUGGCUUUACGUUAAUGUAGGCACUUCCUCGGCUAUUGUGAGCUGUUUUGAAUGCGUGUGAGGGAAGUGUAGUAUUUGCUUGAAAAUGAAGCAUUCCAAAGGCAAAUAAACAGCAUCAAUAAGUACAUUAGUCAAAUAUUGAUAUUAAACUUAUUUCUCCAUGUUCUCUGGGGACACUGCUUUUGAUGGCUAGGCUGAAGCAAUCAUUGUGUUGACACUGAAGGGGUGAACCAACACAUUCAUCUCUUUCCCCUUUUCUGUCUUGUCCCUUGGUUCCAAAUCUGGUGGAUGAGGACUGCCCAUCUGAUACUAGGGUGGCUAAGAAAGAAUCUCAACCAUAUAUCGCACAGGUAUCCUAUUUGCCAUAGUUUCAGGGAGAUUUUCCUUAUUUACUGCAAGGCUCACCCUUCUUACAUGCCUGUGAAUAGCCCAUGUGCUGCUUCAAAAUGUGGAGGAGAGACAGGUGUUCUGACCACUUUAGCCUUGCAGUAGAAAAAGAGAACAUUUCUUCAGUUGGAAGAGUGUAGUUGCAGGUAGCAGUCUUCCGGUAACCGGAUCUGAAACAUCCCUGUAUUCAUCUGUUGCUUGGUGAUAAUUUCCUUCUGCCUGGGACUAGCAGGUGGAGUUUUGGAAAGCAGUCAGGUAGCUGCUGUGGGACUUUCUUGAGAUCAAACAGGUACCUUUGUUUGUUUUGGUUUGAUUAUGUGUUUUGUGUCUUCAUUUUGUAUUUCUAUGUUGUGAACCAGCCUGUGAUCUUCAGGUGAAAAGCAGUAUACAGAUAUACCGUAAAUAAAUGAAUACCCAGGUUGCAGUCCUAAACACACUUAACCGAGCAGUAAGCUCCACUGAACACAGUGGAGCCUACUUCUCAGUGAACGUGCAAAAUAUUACUCUUUCAGUCAUGUAUUUGUGGACUGGCUCUCAAGGAACUCUCUGGGUCAACCUGACAUCAAAAAAUAUUUCCCUCCAUUUGAGAUCAUAAUCUUGGAAUUUUGCAUUAAAGGAUUUUCACCAGCGAACAGAAAUGAAUGAACAAAGAAGUAGACGGAUAACUUCUCAAAAUGUCACUUUUCAUUCUCCAAAUACCCAUCCCCUUCACUUUCUUGCUUUUUCAUUUGAUUCUUUCAGGGUGUUGGACCCCCUGAGUCCCUUCCAACUCUAUGAUUCUGUGGCUCUAUAAAGCGAUAGCUAAUGUGGUGCCCUCCAGAUGCUGUGGACUACAGUUCCCAUGGUCCCUGACUGUUGGUGAUGCUAACUGGGGUUGGAUGGGAGUUGUAGUUCACAAAAUCUGGAGGGCACCCACAUAGGCUAUUCUUGGUUGAUACCAGCACGUCUUAGUUUUAAUCUCUUACCAAACAAUGCCCUUCUCCCCAUCAGACUCUCAUCUCUUGAGACGGUAGUUUGGGGAAUCAUCAAAGAGACAGAGAUGCUGAAAUGUCAUCAGUUACUCAACAUUGAGUAUCCUGCCAUUGUUACCUGGGCAAAUACACUUCUUCCUCUGGGACCUGCAUAGUUUUUUGCUGUCAUUGUUAGGUAUCUGUACUGAAGUACCUGAAGAUUGCCUUCCCCAUUUCCCCCCCCAAUCAUUGUUGCGGUCAAUUCUAUGGUUUGUCAUCUAUUCUCUUAACAUUUACCUUUUAGUCUCCCUUGUGGGACUGGGAGGCAUGAACAGCGGAGAUGUGUUGGGGCUAAUAGCUGAACUGUUGUCUUGUGAAAUCCUCUUUCCAUCCUCCAUUCUUGCUGUUUUUAUUCUGUGUUUUUGCUCUUGACCUGCUACCAGUAUCCUAUGCUAGUCCUUUUCAUUAGUGAGUGGUAUGCUUUCUCAACCCCAUAGAAGCUUUGUUGGGAGUGUUUGUGAUGUCAGUAGAGAUUAUAUAAACCCUCUCACCAUAUUGGGGAUUUUUUACAGGACUCUGACUGGCUGAAGAUUGAUUGGCCAGUUAGGCUCCCUCUCAUGCAUCCAAAGCUUCUGGCAAAGAUUAUUUUUAGACAGUAGACGGAACAGCAAAACUGCUUUCCACACUUAAUUGGGUAUAAGCUUCACUAAACACAGUGGGACUUAUUUUCAAGAAAACGCUUGUAGGAUUGUGCUGCUACUGAUUUCUCUAGCCUUUGUCCUUUUUGUCACUUAGAUAUCUUUUCAAUUUUUACUUUAGAAUGUUUACAUACUAUCUUUUUGAAUAAAAAAUUCAUCCAAGCUGGCUUGCGUGUUAAAAGUACAUCAUCAACUGUGACAGAAUAAAACACACAUAUGCAGACCCAACCUGAAACUCCUGAAAGGCAAUUCAGAUGACGCAUUCUAUAUAACAUCGGCAGUAAAAGAUUCCUACAGCUGAAUAAUGCUGCCUGUCCACAAGCCACCUGAAACUGUUCUCACAGCACAGCUUUCCGAAAUGAUUACUGUUGUGGACUUCUCAAGGUCAACAGGUAAGGCUUUCCAGAGUGCCAUGCCUUUGUUAAGGCAGUACUUCCCAGGUGACUACAUAUAGUCUAAAAUUCAGGAUGGUAGUCAACAUCUUGCUCUUCAGCAUCACUAUUUUCAUAUUCCUUGUGACAAGGGGUUCACCAAUACUAUUUAGCCUUGUUUUGGUCCCAUUGGGAGGCAACUUCCAUGUAAACCCUUGAAGUGUGGUGUUUCCUGUUCUUUACUGAAAUCCCUUGCUGAAGUCUCCUGUGAACUUGCAUCUAGGUUCUUUUUAUUCAUCUGAGUUAAUAGGGGAAGGUAUAGAAUGAACUUUACAUGUCCAAGUAUGGCUCAAUCAAAAUUUACUUACUUUCUCUUUAAGAAGAGGAUUUGUGGCUAUGAAUAUGGAGGUUUGUGCCAAGUACGCUACAUGUAGAUUCUUGGUGUUCUUGGCUUCUGUUUCCACAGUUAGAAUGCACAUGUGAUGGAAUGACCAGGUCAGUUGGGCCAUGAAUGCCCUGGAGUGCUCUCCUAUUAACAAACUGGGAUUGCUUACUGAGGGACUCCUUUCCAUGGCUCAUAGGAACAUGAGUAGCCUGAUUUUGGGCACUGCAAAAGUGUCAAGAGUGCAGUGCUCUGAUAAAUGUAUUAAAGCAUCAUGAGUGGAAGCUGCAGUUCCUGUAGUACACUGCAACAUCCUCUGUGACGAGCCUGGCUUCAUUUUUCAGCUCCAAAAUAAUGUCACUCCCCAGACCUUGGAUGUGAAGGGAAUUAACCAACACCUAUAGGCCUAAAGUGUGUUUUCUGUAGAACAAUAGUGGCAUCUCUUUGUGAGAUGCUUGCACAGGUCUUAAGCUGUCUGGCUGCAUUCCUUUCUUUUCCCUCCCUAAGCUCAACUGACCCUUUCCCUCUGAUUCCAACAGUUUUACGACCCCAAAGUAUUGGGGGAGGGCGGAGCAUAUGAGCUCUAUGGCACAACACCAGGAUAAUUCAGAUUCCGGAACGAAGGAGGCGGCUGGUACGUGGGCCUCAUAGCAUGCCCUUCUGCCGUGCAAACUGUCUUGAUUGCCGCAAGCAUAAGCCUCUUGAUGAACAAAAAGCCAGUUUGCUUCCUUCCGUUUUGCCCUUCAGUGCUUCCAAAGUGUGAUUGCAAAGCUUGUAUUUGUGCCUAAAAAUAAUAUGCUGUGUGGCUCGUGUUCCCUCCCCUUCUCUCUUUUAAGAAACGAGAUAAAAUAGAAUUGGUGAAGUUAAGUCUGCCUUGCGUGUCUUGGGUCCUUUUCACUUGGCCUGGAUGGAAACUUUCUGGUAAUAUAUCUUGGCUUAGGUGUUUCCAGAUCAUUCUAACCUCUUAACUCUGUAUGUGCAGUCUUCUUCUGUAUGGCUAUUAAUAUUGGUGGGAGAUAGUUUCCAUUUUAGAACUGGCUUACUAAAUUGCAAGCUGCAUUAACUCAUUUAGAAGCAUUGACUCUGUUCUGACCCUCAUUCAGUGCUGGGAAUGAUACCAGAGAAACUUGAUAAUUAUGCAUGGAACAGUUUAAAUAUGCAUAGCAUCGUACAGUCCCAGUCUCUCUCUUUCUUCCUCGUAACAGCCUUGCAAAUUUUUCUUACUGUUUGAGAAAGGAAACUGAAGCAGUCUUUGCCCUUGGAUCACACUGGGUUCACUGGCAUUAGCAAGGCAUUGCCUCUUGACCUCAGUUCACCAUCUCUGCUCUCAAACUAAAUGACUGCAUGUGCAGAAUAGCGUUUGUGGGAAUAAUAGUAGUAGUAAUAAUAAUAAUAAUAAUGUACAGUCGUACCUUGGAAGUCGAACAGAAUCUGUUCCAGAAGUCCGUUCAGCUUCCAAAAUAUUCGGAAACCAAAGCGCAGCUGCUGAUUGGCUGCAGGACACUCCUACCACAAAUCGGAAGCCACUGAAACUUCAAAAAAUAGUUUGCAAACUGGAACAAUCACUUCCAGAUUUGCAGCAUUCAGGAGCCAAAAUGUUCAAGAACUAAGGUGUUUGAAAACCAAGGUACGACAGUAAUGAUAUUUAUACCCCACCCAUCUGGCUGGGUUUCCCCAGCCACUCUGGGCGGCUCCCAGCAGAAUAGUAAAAAUACAUCAAGCAUUAAAAACUUCCCUAAACAGAGCUGCCUUCAGAUGUCUUCUAAAAGUCAGAUAGUUGUUUAUUUCCUUAACAUCUGAUGGGAGGAUGUUCUACAGGGCAGGUGCCACUACCAAGAAGGCCCUCUGCCUGGUUCCCUGUAGCUUUACUUCUCACAGUGAGGGAAAGGCCAGAAGGGCCUCAAAGCUGGACCUCAGUGUCCGGGCAGAACGAUGGGGGUGGAGACACUCCUUCAGGUAUACUAGGCUGAAGCCAUUUAGGGCUUUAAAGGUCAGCACCAACACUUUGAAUUGUGCUCAGAAAUGCACUGGGAGCCAGUGUAGGUCUUUCAGGACUGGUGUUAUAUGGUCCUGGUGGCCACUCCCAGUCACCAGUCUAGCUGCUGCAUUCUAGCUUAGUGGUAGUUUCCGAGUCACCUUCAAAGGUAGCCCCACAUAGAGCGCAUUGCAGUAGUCCAAGCGGGAGAUAACCAGAGCAUGCACCACUCUGGCGAGACAGUCUGCGGGCAGGGAGGGUCUCAUCCUGCGUACCAGGUGGAGCUGGUAGACAGAUGCCCUGGACACAGAAUUGACCUGCGCCUCUAUGGACAGCUGUGAGUCCAAAAUGACUCCCAGGCUGUGUACCUGGUCCUCAGGGGCACAGUUAUCCCAUUCAGGACCAGGGAGUCCUCCACACCUGCCCACCCCAUCCCCCCAAAACAGUACUUCUGUCUUGUCAGGAUUCAACCUCAAUCUGUUAGCCGCCAUCCAUCCUCCAACUGCCUCCAGACAGGACAUUCACUGGUUCUGAUUGGAAGACGAGGUUGAGCUGGGUAUCAUCUACAUACUGGUGAACAUCCAGCCCAAACCCCAAUAGAACUUCUCCCCCUGCAUAUACACCCCCCAUCCUGCUCCAGAUUCCCCCCAAAAAACCUUGUGGAGCCGAUUGGGGGUAGUGCAUGGGGAAAGGAAGGGCAGAAGUUCAGUGGCACUUGUGGAAAUUGUUCUGCACAUAAAGUGAUUUAGUUAGAUACAAACCAUAGUAUAUUUUUAACACUGGUUUAAUAUGAUGUUCAAAUCAAUGCACUGUUUAUGGCUUUGUUUGAUAGGUCAGACUGUCCCAUGUCAGAAGACUUCCAGCUGAAUGAGCUUGUAGUCACAACCCUGUGCAAAUAAUUUGCCUGAUUAUUUUGCUGCAGUUACUGUUUUCUCUGAAGCAUAUUGAGUCUUGCAGUUUUUUUGCCACAAAGGAUAUAUCCCAGAUUGGUUCAUUCCUGUAGGCCCAAUAAAUAACUUUGAUCUUUCUCAGAAACCUGAAGUAAGGAAAAGCUACUGAACUCCAUUGGUUCUGUUGGUGGCUGACAAUAACUGCUCUCGAUUUGAGUCUAGUCCAGAGGCACAUGACACAGUUCUGCGGUUUUGAAGCCAAGUAGGUCAGGCCCUUUUAGGUAUUUUGAUGGGAGACUGCAUGGGAACUGUAUAUAAACAGCUAUGAACUCUUUGGAGGGAAAGUGAAGUGAAAGUGGAAUAAAUUCAUGAGGAAUAGUGUACUGCAGGGAUCAGGAAUAUGGACUUCCAGAUGGGACGAACUCCCAUCACCAUUGCCCAUGGUGCCUGAGGGUGUUGGGAGUUGAAGCCCAACAGCAACACCUGGAGGACCACAAGUGCCCCCUCUUUGGUGCUAUGUAUGCAGGGUCCUCACACCAUAUUCAGCAUUAGUCAGUCUAUGAUACCUACUAUUUGGUUCUCUCUACUCAGUCAUCCCUGUGUAUUCUGUACCCACUGACUUUGCCUAUGCAGUCUGUAUGCUGUGAUUCUGGGGCAGUACAGAGAACAUGGAGAAUCCAGUGGGAUUCAACUUCCUGAAUAUCAAACCUUUAAUAUUUGUAAAGACAAGUUUCUAGACCCUAUGGUUUCAAUUACAUUCUUGAAAAUGUGUAGGUGAUGCCUGUGGAAAUAACAGAAGCCAGCCCAGUCUUCUUGUGGCCAAGUGCAGAGCUUCCAUGUCCUCCAACAGACUUUUUUUCUUGCCUCCCCCCCCCCCUCUCUCUCACUGGCAAAGACAGAACAUUUUUGUUUUGUUUUUAUUUUUUUACCAUUUUUUGCGGCUUAAAUUUACAAAACAAGAGAUUGAGCAAAUUUGCUUAAUUUGUGUAAUUUAUACCUGUUGCAGACUUGAACACUUCAUUCCAUAAUAUUUUUUUUUUAAAUGAUAUUUAUUAAAAGUUUAGAAAUUACAGAAAAAAGUAAAAGGACAACAAGAAAAAAGAAAAACGAAAAAACAUAGAAAAACAAUACAACAAUACAGCAAAAAAGAAACAAAGAAAAGAAAAAAAACUAAAACACGCAUCCAAUAUUCUAUAUCUUUACCUUUCCUUUACUUGUUUCAUCGACCUCCUCACACCUCCCUUUUUUUGUAUUCUAGUUCAAUUCACUAAUUCAGCAAAUUCUUCCCAUCUUUCUCAAUUUUUUUCCUAUAAUUAAUCUUAACGGUCUAACCUUAAAUUUUUCGUUUUAACCCGUUAUCAGUCAGCUUUUACUUAAUUCUUUGUUGCAUUUCUACUAAAACCAUAUAACUUCAUUCCAGCAUCCUUCUAACACUCAUUAAUUUUACAAUGUUUCUGUAAGUAUGCUUUAAAUUUUUUCCAAUCUUCUUCCACCGACUCUUCUCUCUGGUCUCGGAUUCUGCCAGUCAUUUCUGCCAGUUCCAUGUAGUCCACACUUCCUUCCAUAAUACACUAUCCCCAGCAAAGCAGGUAUCACAGCCCCCCUCCCCCCAAACAAGACAUGCUGGAUGCUAGCAGCCGGUCAGCUCAUACUUAUCACUUUAGCUUAGGACUGGUUUUAAAGUUACCUCAGCAUUGCAGCUUCCGCUGCAGGAGAAAGGGCUGUGGCGACUGAAAUUCAGGCUGGCUCCUCAGCAUUGCCAUCUCCCUUGCCAGCAAACAGUCUCUCCCACAGAGGCCAGGCCCAGAUAUGUAUGCCGAUGAGUCACCUUCACUCAUGUCUCCAUGAUCAUAUCAAUACAGAUCACGUCCUGAUCUUUUGUAGCAGCCCAGGCUGCUGGUACAUUUCCCAUGUUUUUCCUGGCUUGUGAACUGGACGGUGCUUGAAAGAAACUCCCUGUGGGAGAUUCACUCUCCUAAAUGUGGAAGCCUACACAACAAUCAGUUUGAUACUUCUCUUUUGGACUCGUUCUCAUAAUCAAGUUUCAGAGGUGAUUAACUCCAGACUGUUAUCACAGAGUUUUUAUCCUGGGAUUAGUCCAUGAACAAGAACUGACAGUCCAAUUUGACCAUAGCUCCUGAGUUAGUGACAGAUCCCUAAAAACUGCCUUGCUGGGUCAGCCAAAAGGUCUUCCUAGCCUGGGAUUCUGUCUCCUGCAGUGGCAAGCUAGGUGCCCCUAAGGAAAACUCACUGGAGGAGCACAAUGUGGGGGGAACAUCCUGAGAGAUGCUGGUACUUGGGGUGAUGAAUGUGGGUAUAAUGUUUGAAACACGCCCUCUGCCCUUCUGAUUGGACAUCCCUUCUAAAUGCUAUCUAGAACAAAGGAAACUGAGCUGUGGUGGAUGGGCUUGUGAGGAACAGAAAGAUAGAUGUAUGGGCAAAGGGUGACCUCAGGGCAGCAGGGUGGGGUCAGGGAUGGCAAAAAAACCCAUGGAUCCUUAAGACUUUUUUAAGGCAUCUCCUCCAAACAACCAUCAAAUUGAACCUGCCGUUGGUUUCUGUGGCUUGCAUUGUAACCUCCCCUCGCAGCUAUCCAGCACUUAUUGCAGCCACUAUAGCACGUGGGUUUGUUCCAAGGGCCCAUGUUUUGUGCCAUGAUGGCACUGACAGGUGCUGAAUAUGUGAUUUUUACAGGUCAUUCCAUGGAGGUAGGCAGGGCUUAUUUUUAGCCAGAACUCCGUUCCGGCACCUCUCAGGUGGGUGCCAUUGCCAUUUGAAGAGAACAAGAGAGGUGUUUGUGGUGAGUUCCUGCACCUAUUUUUCUAGAAAAAUAGCACUGGAGAUAGGUAUGAUAUUUCUUUUGAUGGUGGCUUGGAGUAAAUCCCAGGUAAAAAUUAUGCAAAUACAAGAAAAUCCAUUUUUCAACCCUAUAGUCUUCCUUUCCCAUGCUUUGAGGCAACCUAUUUUGUGACUAUUUGACCCCUGGACUAAAGCAACAUUUUCUUCAGCGCGCUUAAUCCUCACCAUAACCUUCCUCCUUGGUUGUCUCCAUCUGAAGCCCAUUGUCUUGACUGGCUAUGAGUCUCUAGCUUAGUCUUCCUAGGCUAAUCCUGUCUGAACUGCUGUAUUAACUUUGUUGAUAACCCAAAUGUUCUUGAAUGCUCUUCAUGUAAGUAUAUACUGUAUACAUUUUCAUAGGUUCUUGGUGCAACUUUGAACUUAAUUUAUUGUUGGUUGUACGCCACGCUAGGACCGCAUGAAGCUGCCUUAGAAAGAUGCCUUGCACUGCGCCAGGCCACUGGUUAGUCAAGCUUAGUACUGCCUAUGCCAACUCGUAGCAGUUCUCCAGGAUUUCAGACCAGGAUCUUUCUCACCUGUACCUGGAAGUGCCAGAGAUUGAAUCUGAGACCUUCUGCGUGCAAAGCAGGUGUGCUGGUACCCCUGAGCCAUGGCCCUUUGCCAAAGGUCCAUCCUGCUGAUAUGCUUUGACAGGCUUCCUCAAACUCGGCCCUCCAGAUGUUUUUGGCCUACAACUCCCAUGAUCCCUAGCUAGCAGGACCAGUGGUCAGGGAUGAUGGGAAUUGUAGUCUCAAAACAUCUGGAGGGCCGAGUUUGAGGAAGCCUGUGCCUGGAGAAACUAACAGCAUAGCUUUAGUGCCUAAGUCUUAGGUUGCAAAUGGCAUGGCAUUCGGCCGGAUGUCACUUCCUCCGGGGGCUCUUGGUAGACAAGAACUCUCCUCUCAAGGCCUUGCCUUGGUGCUAUUACAUUCUCCUGGCAUGUGCUGCUUCGUACAAGAGAAGCCAGUGGCUUCACAUUUGCUUUCCUUCUUUAGAUCAAUGAACUGAGUCAAGUUCCCCAGCCAGUGAUGCUUCUCCCUGAUGACUUCAAAGCGAAUUCUAAAAUAAAGGUGAACAAUCAUCUCUUCAACAGGUGAGGACCGGUGGUGCAUAUGUCUAGGAGCGGAAAGGCACAUAGUCUUCCUAGCCCAACUUCAGAUUCCACCCCUGCUGCUUGAGAUCCUUUAACUGGAAGUGCAAGGUAUUAGGCUUGGCGCCUUCAGCCAUGAUGGCUAUGUAUUACCUCCACUAUCAGAGACAGUAUACCUCUAUAUACCUGCUGCUUGGGAUCAUGAGCAGGAGGGAGCUGUAGUGCUCGGCUCUUGCUUGUGGGCUUCCCUCAGGCAUCUGAGAAAAGACUGCAGAUGCUGUACCCUAGGGACAUAGUUCCUCCAAAUGCACAUGCUAUAAUAUAGGGGAAGCUAACAUAGGUUAUUGUAUUUUAGUGUUUUGUUGGAAGCCGCCCAGAGCGGCUGGGGAAACCCAGCCAGAUGGGUGGGGUAUAAAUAAUAAAUUAUUAUUAUUAUUAUUAUUAUUAUUAUUAUUAAGCACCCUCCAACUCUCACCAUAAGUCAGCUAUUAGCAACACUCUCGUUUUAAGAGCAUAGCCUGCACAUGGGCGGCAGUGUAGGUGUCUAGUUAUCCUAUGACUGUGACACAGGGGAGGGCAAGUGUUUUCUGUUAAGGGCCUCAUUCCUUCAGGAUAACUGGUCGGGGACUGCAUGUUAGCGACGGAUGGAGGGCACUCCAAAAAUGUUAUGGAUUAUUGAACCUGAAUUUCAACUCCCCUUCUUCCAUCUUUACCUUCACUCAGAAUUUCCAGUCCCCUGCCAGCCUACUCUUGGGAAGAGUAGUAAGCCCCACCUGGUUUGAAAGGUUUACUCUCAAAUAACUGUACAGAGAUUAUUGUUUUUAAUUCAGCAGACCAAUGCAGCUACUGCUCUAGAAAGCAUGUGAAAAUAAUUCUUUUCUGAUUUUAGUGUGACCACACACAGAGAGAGCAGAAGCCAAGAAGAAAACGUCUUUUUCCCAAGCUUUGAUACCAGGAAAAAGAUUUGUUAAACACAUCAGUUUAUUUCUAUCAAAUAAUAUAUGGCCCCUUUUAUUCUGAAUCCACACAGGAAGAGAGGGGUGAGGAUGGGGAAACAGCUUUUUAAAGCUAUGGAAAUUAAGGAGGAAGGUAGGACCUCUGAUGGGAUGGAAGGAUGGGGUGGUGUCAGAAUGUGUUAGGAGCUGCAUGUGGCCACAGGUUACCCACUUCUGUUGUAGCACUCCAGAAAGGCCAGCAAUUGCCUGAUUUGAACCUUCCUCCAGGAAAAGUACAAAAAAAUUGAAUAGCGCGUGCAAAGCUGGACAAAAAAAUCAUUUCCCUCUCACACGCUGUCCCCUCUGCCUGGUAUUUAAUGCUUAGUAUUAAAGGAAGAUUGUUCUGCCUGUCUGGUCAUGAGACCAUUUGCAUAAUAAUGGAGGAUUACACCCUGUGGUAGAGGAUACUAAUGGGCAGGGGAUUAUGGGGCUUGGGUCGCAGAUUACUGAGAUAAUGCCCAGAUUGACUUGGUAGCUAUUACUAGGCCUUGCUCACUUGUCAGAAAAACUGGCCUUCUGGUAAAGAAGCAGAAGGAGCUUGGUUAUGUAUAAGAUUGGGUUGUAAUGGGCUGCUUCUGAUGGAGAGCUGGUUCCAUCUACAGCAGGAGAAGGUAAGGCCUGGACCACAAACAUAGCAGAGUCUGAGUGGCUGUACCACUUCAGACUGCUGCAAGGUGGGUAGAAUCAAACCUCAUCAUGCUUCUUUAUUUGUUGAAACCAAAACCCACCCUGUAAGUAGAAACUAGCGCAACAGGGAGCGAAUUGGCUGGGCUGUAGUCUUCACUGAUGUGCUAGGUUCUUAUUUUUGUGCGGAAGGGGGGGAGGCUUUUUUGUUUUUGUUUUUUCAUAGAGGUGCAUUCAGAAAUGUGAUUCCCCCCACCCCAGCUCUAGUUCACCUCCUUCCUCCAGCUCACCCUGCUGCAUGUGCAGUCCGAGUUUUGGAGUAGCAGCUAACUCUUGUCACUCGACUCUUGCAGAGAAAACCUGCCCAGCCAUUUCAAAUUCAAGGAAUACUGCCCACAGGUCUUCCGCAAUCUUCGCGAACGUUUCAGCAUUGAUGACCAGGAUUAUCAGGUAUGUCUUACACUUCAGACUCUACAAGCCUGCACAAAAUUUAGGUACUCGGCUGUAGUGUGCAUGCAGUAUAUCUGCCUCCGACCCCCUUACUGCUGUCAUAUACUGGACUUCAGAGUAUAAUGCACGAGGCUGAAAGCCUUCUUGCCCAAGGCACCCUUGUUGUGGAACUCCUUUCCCAGAGAUGCCCUCCAGGCCUGCUUUUGGAGAAAUUGCUGAUGCUUUUCCCGUUAGGUUUCUCCUGUUUUAGAAUAAAGCUAUUGAGCAGGUGUUUUCUUACUGGGUUCAUUCAGAUUUUAUAGUUGCUGUUAUUUUAUUAUAUAUUCAGGUUUUAUAGUUUUGUGAUUUUGCUCAGGUUUUAUAGUUUAUAGUAUGUAUCUGCUAAUUUUAAAUUUAAAAUCAUGCACAACUUCAGUAAUUUGUUUUUUGAACACUGAGAAUGCUGGUUCGAAAGCAAGUUUGAAAUUCAGCUAAUAAAUCAUAGUGUACACUUCCAGUGUGGAGCUAAUUGGGAGGGUUAUAAAUUGCUCAGCUGGACACAGUGCAAGAAGAUUGCCGCAUAAGGUGCAAUCAUAGGCUACUAAUAUGCUCACUGGAGGCAUUGGUUGCAGGCAUGUUCUCUUGAGAGAAACUGAUGUUUGAGGUGGGAUAAGGCCAGUGUUCUGACAGCAGCCAUAGAUUACUGCCUUUGUUCCUGAAUUUGCUUGCCCAGGCACUGCAGUAGUUAUGACACCUGUUACAAAUAGCCAGUUGGGUACUGAGUUGUGUAUGAACACCCAGUGGGAGUUGGAAGGCUAUUAAUUACAAAGUCCCCACUCUGAACCUUACCUCUGCCAUGAACUGCUGUCUAGAUGGCCCCGCUCCUGUCUGCACUGUGAGGGUAGUGAGGCUGGGCUACUGCAUAUAAGAUGGUUGCAAGAUAGGUAAAAGGUACCCCUGCCCGUAUGGUCCAGUCGUGUCCGACUCUAGGGUUGUGCGCUCAUCUCACUUAAGAGGCCGGGAGCCAGCGCUGUCCGAAGACACUUCCGGGUCACGUGGCCAGCGUGACGGAGCUGCUCUGGCGAGCCAGCACCAGCGCAGCACACGGAAACGCCGUUUACCUUCCCGCUAUAAAGCGCUCCCUAUUUAUCUACUUGCACUUAGGGGUGCUUUCGAACUGCUAGGUGGGCAGGAGCUGGGACCGAAAGACGGGAGCUCACCCCGCCGCGGGGAUUCGAACCGCCGACCAUACGAUCGGCAAGUCCUAGGCACUGAGGUUUUACCCACAGCGCCACCCGCGUCCCAACAAGAUGGUUGCAAGAUAAGAUGUGACAAAUGGAUGUUUGUGACUAGUAAUGUUAAAUUCUCGAGAAUAAUCUUUUGGAGAAUAUUCUCAAUUAAUGAGAAUAUUAGAGAAUUUUCAUUUAAAAUAGGAGAAUAUUCAUUUUAAUGCAUUGAAAAUGAUAUAAUUAGUUGAUAUACUUGUUUGUUCAUGGGUAAACUUGUUCAGAUGGCAACCAAAAACUGUACAGAUACUUUAAUUCAAUGGUGCAAUGCAGUGAAUUCACAUUCUUUGAUUUUUUGCACCAAACUUGAAAUUGAAAAUGCAACGUGAAUGACUCGCGUUAUUCACUGAGCCUGCCACUAAACGUAUAUUUACCAUCCAAUUUGAAUUCAAAUUAUGUUGUGUAUGCAUGAAAUGUAGCUUUUAAAGUAAAAGGAAUAUUAAAAAAUGGCACUGCAAAACCAGUUACUGGCACUAAAUAAAAAUAUAGAAACGUCAACUGUUUAAAUCAAGGCUACCUCACAUGCUGUUACACAUAAUUGUAUAGGCUUAGGUACUUUAAGUGUAUAAAACAUUAAAGCUACUUUCUUUUUUUAAAAAAAAAAUUACACUGUAUGGCCAAGGGUAUACAGUUGCUAAGAAUAAGGUCACACCAAACUAGAAAAAAAGGCUAUCACAUAUAGUUGAAAUACAUACAGAUUCAAAUGUUCAUCAAAUUAAACGAAUGGCAUUUUUAAAACUUAAAAAAAAUUAAAAUGUUUUCUGUAGCUCACAUUUCAGAACUGCCCAUAUUGAAAGACACAAUGCCUAGUAAUGUAACUGGACCAGAAAAAAAUAAAUCAUUAUUCAUUACUUACACUGGCAAUAUCACAGCUUGACUUAUUAUUUACUAGAUUUUUUUAAUGUGGGUUAUAAAACUGGUUCCUACACUAGAAUUUACAGUUUGUGGAGAAUAUUCUCCAGAGAAUUUUCUAGCAGAAAAUAUUCUCAAGAAUAUUUGCAUUCUCGAGAAUAUUCUCACCUUACAUCACUAUUUGUGACUUGCAUUCUCUGUAUUUGGAAGAGGGAGAAGAGGGAAAGAUUAGCAUAUGAGAGAUCACAAUAGAAGGGGAAAGAGCCCCCCAGCAGCUCCCACAGACCCCUUGAACUGGCCAUUUUUCUCUGCACAUUUUAACCCUCCAAGUUUCCUUUUCUUUAAAGAGAGCCAGAGGGUGAGACUAACAAAGCAUCAUUUGAGUGUACCCUCUUUAAUGUGUUCUUGGUCUGGUUUCCAUCAUGAGAGCAAGGGUAACAAACAUGGUGCCUUCCAAAUGUUGUGGACUACAGUUUCCAUCAGCCCCAGCUAGUAUGACCCAGUGGUCAGUUUUGUAGUCCAAAAACAUCCGGAGGGCACCGCUCUGGCUUUGCACUGAAGCAAACUGAAGCAAGCAGCAGAAUUUCUUUCCUGGACUUCAUAAAUAUUAUUGAUAGCUCAGUUAGUAGAACAUGAGACUCUUAAUCUCAGAGUUGUGGGUUUGAGCCCCACCUUGGGCAGAAAGAUUCCUGCAUUGCUGGGGGUUGGACUAGAUGGUCCUUGUAAAAGGUAAAGGGACCCCUGACCAUUAGGUCCAGUCGCGGACGACUCUGGGGUUGCUGCGCUCAUCUCGCUUUAUUGGCCGAGGUAGCAGGCGUACAGCUUCCGGGUCAUGUGGCCAGCAUGACUAAGCUGCUUUUGGCGAACCAGAGCAGCGCACGGAAAUGCCGUUUACCUUCCCGCUGGAGUGGUAUCUAUUUAUCUACUUGCACUUUGACAUGCUUUCAAACUGCUAGGUUGGCAGGAGCUGGGACCAAGCAACGGGAGCUCACCCCGUCAUGAGGAAUCGAACCGCCGAGCUUCUGAUCGGCAAGUCCUAGGCUCUGUGGUUUAACCCACAGCGCCACCUGCAUUCCUAGAUGGUCCUUGUGGUCUCUUCCAAAUCGAUGAUUCUAUGACUCAGCAUUUCCUGCACCACCCCAUUUCCCUAAGAGCCUUUUUAAAGGAACGGCUGCCUUGAGGGUGGCUGUGAAAGAGGCAAUGCCACAGGGGACGUGAGGGAAGAUCUGGAGCCCAGAAGUUUUGUUCAGCUUUUUGCUACUCCAUAGCCAGGGAAGGUUUAUCUUUAACUCCCUUGUUGUCCACCCUUAUCAAAAAGAUAAAUCAGCCAUGCCAGGGUCAUCGGUACAGAGCCUUGUUGUCAUUGGUUCAUUCUGACUUCUUCAGGUCUCGCUGACACGCAGUCCGCCCACUUAUGAGAUUGAGGGUGGGGGGCGCUUCCUCCUGUCCUACGACAGAACGUUGGUGAUCAAGGAGAUCUCCAGUGAAGAUGUGGCUGACGUGCAUAGCCUUCUGUCUCACUACCACCAGGUAAGACGUGAAGGCAAGUGGGCCUCUUUGUAUGGGGUUGUAGGCAUGUGGACUCUGACUUGGAGCGUAAAAUAAGUUCACCUGAAGGACGCUCAUGGAAGCAAAGGGCCACCUGUGCCUCACCCCACAUCUGUUCAGUAAGGCCCAUUGAUCCUCCAGAGUGACUUCUUGGUGUGCAGGUAGCUGCACGACGGGAGGCGGGGACAGGAAGUGGUCUGUCUUUCUGUGAACUUUUUAAAAUUACCGUAUUUUUUGCUCUAUAUGACUCACUUUUUCCCUCCUAAAAAGUAAGGGGAAAUGUGUGUGCGUCUUAUGGAGCGAAUGCAGGCUGCGCAGCUAUCACAGAAGCCAGAACAGCAAGAGGGAUUGCUGCUUUAACUGCGCAGCGAUCCCUCUUGCUGUUCUGGCUUCUGAGAUUCAGAUUUUUUUUUUCUUGUUUUCCUCCUCCAAAAACUAGGUGCGUCUUGUGGUCUGGUGCAUCUUAUAGAGCAAAAAAUGCGGUAACUUGGGAUCCAAACCUCCAAACCAACCCCCACGAGAAUAUAAUAAAUAACAGUAAAUAUAAAAUCUUAGUGCACUGAAGAGCAAAACUUAAGCGAAUUAAGCAAGUUUGCACAGUUCUUUCUGCUAGCCAUGGACAGGGAAAAGGGCUUCAGGGUUCUGCGUAGCUCCUGCCCCCUGACCACUGGAAGUUGUUCUCCGUUCCUCACCUACUUCUGAGAUCUGAGCAGGCAUUACCGCAUGCUGUCAAGCUUCUCUCCAUAGCCUUAGGAGCAAUUUUCAAAAGGAAAAAUACUGAAAGCUGACAUUUAAGGAAUGCUGAGUGCCCUGCUAGCUAAGACCAACACCAGUGUUGUUUGUAAAGCACCUCACAGAUGUGGGCACUGUACUGAAGUUCAAAACACAAAACAGGCCCUAUCCUCAGGCUGCCAAAUUCUUCAUUUGGGCCAUCUAAUAAUAGGUGGAAGGAAUACAAUGAGACCUGUUCAUCAGUAUUGGUAUGGAAGCAUUCCAUAUAGACAGCCAUGUUGGUCCACUAGGAUGAAAAAAUCCAAACAGCAACAUUAUUGCAGUACCUUUAAACAGAACAAAGUAAAAUUCACAAAGUAGUGAGCAAACUUUUGAGUCCACCAGGACUCUUUUUCAGAUUACAUGUUAAGCAUUUAUAAAAAAAUGUGGUGAAGAAUAUUGCUGGCCAUGAUGAAAAGCCCUAGUUUGUACUUUAUAAUAGCUUUAGGAUGAAUUGUAAUAAUAAUAAUUUUAUUAUUUAUAUCCUGCCCAUCUGGCUUUGUUUCCCCAGCUCCUCUGGGCAGCUUCAGCACAUAUAAAAACAUAAUAAAAUAUCAAACAUUAAAACUUCUUGAUACAGUGCUGCCUUCAGAUGUAGUCUAAAAGUUGUGUAGUUCUUUAUCUCCUUGACAUCUGAUGGGAGGGUGUUCCACAGGGAUGGCACCACUGCUGAGAAGGCCCUCUGCCUGGUUCCCUGUAACUUCACACCAGCUUCCUUAGGUUAGGUUAUGAUGCAAAACAGGUUGCAGGUUGAUGUGUUCUGGGGUGAAGAAAACAAUGGCUACUCUCCUUUAAAAAAGAAAAUCAAAAUAUUGCUGAUUUUUUAAUAUGUGUCUCUGGUGCUAACCAGCAUGCACAGGACUCAUAAGGCAGAGUGGAGAAGUAAAGAAAAGCAUGGCAAUGUCUGUAUUAGCAAGGCCAGAGAUUAAUUACAGAUCAUGCACUAAGAAAACAGUGACUGGAUUUUCACUGUCUGCCUCUGUGUGAGUGGGUGGGUGGGUAUUAGUCCUCCUUGAGCCGCUGUGGUGGAAGAUCUAGAGUCCCUUUUAAAUCUAGGCUGGGUAUACUUGGUGCUCAAGAAAAGACGUGGUCUUGUGAUCAAGAGAGGAUGGAGGUUAGUGAAGAGGGAGUAGGACCCAAAGAACUGGAUAGCAAGCUAAGUGCUGAGGAAUAGUCCUCAUUGGCAAAGGAUAGCUAGCUGAGUCUGUUGCACCCUGGCCAAUGAAAGCCCCAACAAGCCAAAAUGCAGGAGAAUUGUGGUUUGGGGACUGGGACUCCAACAGAGAAGAUUAGGAUUCCAUUUCUGGAUUUGCCUUCCUGAAGUCAUCCUCCUACUGUGCAUAAGUCUUGUCUAAGCUUUUGGUGAUCUUUGUUCUGGGCCCACUAGUACAGUACUUAUCAAAUAGUACUUCCUGAACAUCUUGUUUCCUUCUUCCAGUACAUUGUGAAGUGUCAUGGGAGCACCCUCCUGCCUCAGUUCCUGGGUAUGUACCGGCUCAGUGUGGACAACGAGGAGAGCUACAUGCUGGUCAUGAGGAACAUGUUCAGCCACAGGCUUACCGUGCACAGGAAGUACGAUCUGAAGGUAACGGGUAGUGGAGGGCAGGCGGGAAGUGUGCGCCAAGGCUGGAUCUAGACACAUCAAAGAAGUGUUUCAGUUAAACGCGUUGCAAACUUUGUAUGAGAAAUCAGGUUAGCAAAAACGGAACUCCACAGCGCCAUCUGGUGUCACAGUGUUAGAAUGCAUAAACAACACAUAUAAAGUAAUUUUUCUUUGCCAAUGUAGCUGAGUCCCAAGUCUUUGGUCCUGUUUGUCCAUCUUUUUCUCCCUCAUUUGCCCAUGUAUGUGCAUGAUGUUUGCUCUGGAAAUCUCCAGAGCUUUACCGAUUAGCUGUGGAAGUUGCAAUAUGUAAUGUGUGGUAGUUGCAUAAUGCUGUGUCUAAAAUGCUAAUAUGUCAGACAGAGCAGUGCUGCGUUUUUGCACCAGAGAAAAAGGUUGUCAUGGAAUUAUGUCACCAGUUUCUUAUUAUUGGCCCAUAUUUAUUCAAAAGUUUGCAGUCUCCCCCCUUGGCACGCCUGGUUUUCAGAAGGUGCUUGAGUAGAUGGUGUCAUUAUACGCUUUAGUCGCCAGGUGGCACUGGAUAUAGUUGUAUCUAGGUGGAGUCAGUAAUUGCCUGUGUGUCUUCUGUUCUUCUUUUUAAAAGGCCAUAAAGUUAUUAUCUAGCUUUCUGGCACUGUAUGCCUUCCAUGACAUUACUGAAUUUCAGGUCAUCCUCGCUUUGCCAUGAGAGUACAGAGCCAGGGCAGGGGAUAUAAAGGAAAUAUGAAAUCAGGCAGGAAGCUGGAAAACACAGUGCUGAGUUGCAGCAUCCAGGUUUUCUCCUGAAAAGCCUUGUUUGCAAAGAAUUCUGCGCCUCUCUUCUCCAUCUGUAAAAUAGACAUGAUAGUCACUACAUAGUUGUGAAAACAUAUGAGCAUGCGUGGAACUGUUUAUAAAAAGAUUUCGCAUGCACUUUUCAGCAUCAGGUCCCAGAGCGUGUUAAAACAAUCUAAAAUUCAGUCAUCUGAACUUUAACUGUUGGAAACAGUUCAAAAAUGAAACAGAGUCACUGAAAUAGGGUGGGUCCUGUGACUGAUUUGCACCAUUCCCACCUGCUGUGUGAUGUGGUACCCACAGAGGCCAUUGUUCAGUGGCAAGGUGUGCGAUUUGCACCCACAAGCUCCCUGCUUCAGCCCUCCAUCUCUUUUAAUUAACUCUGGUAGCAGGAAUGAGACAGACAUCUGCUUGUAAGACAUGAGAAAUUGGCUCAAUUCAGGUGAUCAUUUCUCUGCUUAUUAAGUUGAGAUGCUGUUAGUUCCAGGCAGAGUUUUUGGCUGGAUGUAAUUGCAGCCUGAUGGGUUCAUGUGUACUGUAGGCACAGGUUUGGCUUCCUCCAAGGCAAGAGUGGGGAACCUCUGACCCUGAGCCAGCCAUUGCCUGCCAAGCCAUUCCCCCUCCCCAAACCACAUGCACCCAUCAACUGAUGGGUGGGAGAACAAGGUUUCAAUCUGUACUGGCUGCACAAUCCUGUUCUCAGCAGGCUAGGCAGCAAGAUUUGAGUGGAGCAAGAUCUGGGGAUUUAAAAGGGAAGGAGGAGGAGGAGACUUGGCAAAAGAGUCCCCUUCUCUUAAGUCUCCUCCCACUUCCCUUUUAAGAGCAGCAAAAGGGAUUUUGACAGGUGGGCAGCCCCACUUACCUGUCAAGAUUUGACCCGUGAAGCAGAUCCUGAUAAAGGUCUGGCCCAUGGAGCCAAAAAGGUUUCCCACCACUGCUCCAAAGGGAGCAAGACAAAAUAAGGCACAAGUUCAGAUUCUGGUAAGGCAAAAUUCAAGCAAAGCAAAAGUCAAGUUCCUGGAAGGCAAAGUCAAAUAAACUGGGUAGCACCCUGCAUAGUUGUGCCUGAAGCUCAACCUGAGAGGCAUAUGAGCAGACUCAAAUAUUGCUUCAAUAAAACAACGAACAGGGUGGUGAUACAAUGACUACUGCCAACUGUAAACAAACAAUAAAAGUCCGUAAAAAUGGCAAAAGCAGUUUCUUUCCCAAAUAGGUUUUAUCUUAAACAAUAGCAAAUGCAGUAAUAAAGAGUCCACUUGUAAUAUACCAGUGGUUCAGCGCUCAGACGUUGUUCUGGAAAUCCUACGUUUCGUUGCUAAGGAGCUUAGUCAUCAAGCUUUGUAGUAAAUAAUAUAGAAGAGAAGACAGUAUGUAAAUGGCUUAAAGCAGGGGUAUAUCUGUCCCCAUCUGCGUGUUUCCUCCGGGAGGAGCAUAGAAAGAUGACAAUGUCCUUCAGUUUGUUAAAUUUCCUUCAAAUAUUGCUUCAGCAACCUUCAAACCUAGACUUAAACAGAGGCACAGCUUUGUCCGGGUGACUAGCUCUGGCUCUGGUCAGUGAAGCAUCUUCACUUGGCAGGGCCAUGGCGUCAGUAGCCAUUAAGCCUGGCGCAGAGGGAGGCUAAGGUUCUGCUGAACUGUACUCUAAGGGCAACAAUGUGACUUCUGCAGGCUAGCGGCUUGCCAAUGAAACAGGUAGAGAAAAAAGCAGUAUUUAAAAAUGUUGAAUGACUGAAUAAAUAGCUUGUUCCUUCAGCUCUCCUAUCUUGAGCUGCCUGAGGCACCACUGCUAGAAGACUCACUAUGCACAUCCAGUGGUGCCUACAAGAGCCUAUGCCUCGUAAGGCUGGUAAACCCCAGUUCCAAACUCUCCUCUUUGGGACAUCCUUAGUCCUCAUUCCCACCUGAAAUGAAGCCUAUGUGUGUGCAAAGGCUUUUGCUUCUAUUUGUUCCUCGUAUCUCCUUUUCCCUCCCUCCCCACCCAACCAGGGUGCCUAAAUAUAGACCAUAAGCUGCUUGGAAUACAAAAGGGACUGUCUGAGGCGUUAUGCUGACUCUAGCAAAGCACCCUUCAGCACUAGAUAAAUUGAGUGGCUCCAAUCAUUCAAGGCAUGAAUCUUCUUUUCACUCUUAGUUUGAUGGUGUAAUCACUUUUAAGGUCUAGAUAAAUAUCUUAGUAUGCAUAGGACAGAAAGUUCCCUUUUGGGCUUCCACCAACCAUCUUGAUCAAGCCAAUUAAAACAUAUUUGGCUGAGUUGCAUCUCCCAAGAAGGGCAUCCGCUUCUGAUUUGAAGGCAGCACGUAAGAGAGGAUCCAUUCCUCCUUCCAUGACAAUCUGAAGGCUCCUGCCAGCCUGCUGAGCACAUCUCAUUCCACAGCCCUCCUUGUGUCCUUGCCCGGCAGAAGCAUUGCCCAGCAUUAGGCGGACAGUUAAAAUAGGUUGUGGUACAGACCUUCUCUGAUAGGUCUGUGCUUCACUCUCUGCUCCCUCUCCCAAUGCCUAUUAAGCAACAUGUGGCUUGCUGUGCUGAUUAAAUGUUCUGAUAUUGCAGUGAAAUGGCCCCCUCAGGGAAUUUGUUCAGUACAUGGACAGUAUCAAACUCAGGGUCUCUCUCUCUCUCUCUCUCUCUCUCUCUCUCUCUGUGUGUGUGUGUGUGUGUGUGUGUGUUGGAAAACCAAGCUAGGAGAAUGAGAUGAAUCAUGUCUGCCCCUAUCUUCCUUCAGCCUGGCUGCACAUCAUUAAACUGACCCAGAGCAAGGUUACAUAGAUCUUUUAUAGUGGAGUUAACUAGGCCCUUGUUUGCAGUUACGAACAUUUUAGAUGAUGCGGCUAGAGGGUUGAACUGCAAUGAGGGCCACAGUAUAAACGCAGUUUUUGCUGGAGGGCCACAGCUGAUGUACUUAUUAUAAAGGAAUGCAGUUGGAGUAACUUGGAUAUGUUGUUAAUCAACCUGGAUGGUUGAUUAUUUACUUAUUAAAUUUCUAUACAGCUCUUCGUCUGAGGACCGCAGGGCAGUAUACAAUAUAAAAACAUGAAAAUACAUAACAUGGUAACAAAAACAAACAAUACACCCACCCACCCACACAGUUUAAAAGGCCAUAUAUUGUUUAAUUAGUCAAAGACCUGGAAGAAGAGGAAUAUUUUUGCCUGGUGCCUAAAGAUAUAUAAUGAAGGUGCCAGGCGAAUCUUCCUAGGGAGCUCAGUCCACAAGUGGGGAGCCACUGCAGAAAAUGCCUGUUCUCGUGUUGCUACCUCUGGGCCUCAUGUGGAGGAGGCACACAAAGAAGGGCCUCAGAGGUCGGUUCAUAUGGGGUGAGGCGGUCCUUGAGGUAUUGUGGUCCUGAGCCAUUUAAGGCUUUCUAGGUCAAAACCAGCACUUUGAAUUGGGCCAGGAAGCGAAUCGGCAGCCAGUGCAGUAGGUCUAGGAUUACAAAAUAGGCAUUGCCUGUGAGGUUUUCAAAAUAGGAUAUCUCCUUUCAGGGCAAAAGACUGGAUUUAACCCACUGAGUUGCUUCCCCUUCUGAUGCCCAGGCUCUGCUGUUUGUCAGCUCCACCUUGAGGGCCAGCAAUGUGCUAGGUGCUGCACAGAACAUAGCAGCAAUGUAGCCCUGGUUGAGAGGACAGAUGCUGUGGCCUGCAGUGGAAUGCUGCAGUGUGGAGUGUUUCUGUUCGGUGCCUGCAGGACAAGUCUAUUCUAUUCUCCUUCUCGUGUUGUUUCCCCCUCCCAGUCCCUGCCCGCAAGCAGCCAGUCAGCAUUCUGUGGCCACUGAGCAUGCUUGGACCUCAUUGUGUUGUUUUGCUCCCCCCAUGUUGUUUUUUAAAAAUAGUUCUUGUGCAAGCCUUUGGGGUUUCCCCAGACCUGCUGAUACCUCCAUUCUGUACUUGCAUCAGGCUGCAAGUACCAUUGCAUCCUUAAGCCUGAAACAACAGCCUUCUAUAAUUUUUGCGUUUUGAAAAAUGCCAAGAAAGGUUUCCAUCCUAACAUCUGAAGUCUUAUUUAAAAACAAACAAACAAACAAACAGCAGCAGCAACAACAACUCAGCUGCUUUACUGCCCAAGCAGAGCUUUUGCACCAGGUGAGACCUACCUAGGUUCAUAUUUUGGCUCCAUCAAAAACUCUCUGGGUAGCCUUGGCAAGUCAUGCUUCCUCAGCCUCCUGCCCUCCUCCUAUGAAGUGGGAGAGAAUAUAAUUGCUUGCCUUAUAUGGUUAAAAUGAAUAGUCUGUAAUUUGCACGGUGAAGGGUGUUAUGCAGAGUGCCAUCGCCGCUGUUUAUGUUGCAGCCUUUUGAUUCCAGACUGUGCCCUCUGCCUAUCUGGAUGGAGACGCAGAGAUUUCUUGCAUCUGAACUGGUGCCUUUGUGGUCGGCAGAUGGUGGAGGACAGCGUCCGUAGGUCUUAUCUUGCCCAUUGUAAUAGCCCCUGGGGACAGAAUUAUGGCAGGUAUCUCUGUGAAACUCAGUAACAGAAACAGUUUGAACAAUAUUGUUUUUAUCUUACAUCUGGUCAAGGCAGGACAACAUCAUAAUGUAUAAAAACACUGCUUUUACUGUUACUAUUACUUGGAUUUCUUACCCACCCUUUGCCAUUAGGACCCAGGGUGUAUCACAACACUAUGAAAAUAAAAUAUCAAAAUCAGUUGUUUAAAAUACACAUACUAUGAAGAAUAGAACACUGUGGUGUAGAAAAUCAGAGAAUUAUAUUUAGUAAAAUGAUACUCUUUUGGAGAGGUACUUUUUAGCUUAGAGACAUAUACCUCAUUCCCCCUCCCCCUCCAAUAAUGAUCUUUUGGUUUCCAGCUUGUUUAACUGAUGUUUAUGCAAACACUGUGGGCUGGAUUCAACCAACGGGUCCUGGUAGCAGAAGCCAGUGCUAGCAGAGUGGGGCUUUCCCCACACUCCUCUUCCUAUGUGCCCCUUGCGCCUCCCUCAUCUGCCUUGGGGGGUUGGGGGGAACCCCCAGAACAGCACAUGGAGGAAAGAGAGGGGAGAUUGUUUUGUCGGGCCCUGAUGGAACAAUCUCCUUAGCACAACACCCAUUGAUUUCAGACUUGCCCUGAAAGCCAUGUCCAUUUGUGUUUGUAAACCAUGCUUCUUAAUGUUUGUGUUUCUGCUUUUUUCUCAGGGCUCCCUGGUAUCCCGCGAAGCUAGUGAUAAAGAGAAGGUAAUGUGAGAUUAUGGCUUUCUGGUGAAAGGUGGUGGCUCUCCCUCUGUUUUGAUGUGUUGUGAAGUGAUUUUUGGCUUGCUGGCUUAAACCUCAAGCUGAUGAUGGACCUCUUUGCAAAGGAAGAUAGAGGCAUGACCUGAGCGCAUAUUUAUCUCUUUAAAAAACAAGGCAAGGGCAUAUAUGCAUUUACAUUGCACUCCUGGUAUCUGCAUGUGCUAGGCAGAAUAAACAGAUCUUGACUAAACUAGAAGAAGUGGAGACUAUGGAGGCUUAAAAUAUGAGCAAAGGGGUAUUACAGGCGAGUUGUUUCCUUGGAAUAAGUUUGCAGGAUUAAUGUUUGCAUUGACAUCAAAUUCCAGGGUGUCGAAAAUGGAGAUCAAGAGGGGAGGGGAUAUAACUCAGUGGUGGAGCAUGUGAUGUGAAUGCAGAACAUCCCAAGUUGAAUUCCUGGUAUCGCUGGUUUAAAAAAGGUUCCAGUAGCAGGGGAUGGAAAAGAACCUUAAAAAGCAGUUGUCACAGGCAAUUCCCGGCUUAGGUGGACCAGUGGUUGGCAGCAUCUUAUGGAACUAAGUAGCUUUUAACAUUAUAGUCAGGACUUCUGUGGGCUGUGAUUCCGUUGGAAGCCCAGCAGAAGAAUGUAGAAAUGGGCACAGAAUUCAGCUUCCUGAAAAUCCUUUUGAGGCAGGGGGUAAUUCUGCAGUGAUCUCCUGGCCAGGAGAUUUAUUGCAUAAUAAAAGUCCAUGUUGUUCUUGAAAGUGAUCUUGCUGAAAACUGGGAGUUAGUUACAUUUUAUUAUUUAUUUAAAAUAGUUAGAUGUUCUGCGAGGGCUUGCAAGAAGGUUUAAAGCAAAAUUUAAAAAUUCUUUCAGUGCGCUUCUUCCUUAUUUUGGCUCUGGUUCUGCCCUCCAAGUCUAGAUUCAGCCAGCUGUUGACUCAGCGCCCAUGCCUCCUCUUCAUUCGAAAUAUGUUUCUGUUCCUUUCUAGGGCAAGGAGCUACCAACCCUCAAGGACAUUGACUUUCGAAACAUGAACCAGAAAGUGUACGUUGACGAAGAAGCCAAGAGAGAUUUCAUGGAGAAAUUAAAGAGAGAUGUGGAGGUACUGUGGCUUAGGGGGCCUAGCCCUGAUACAGUCACAGCAAGACAGCAGCAGCUGGUCAAUGCAUAUCAGUAGGAAAUGAUCUGCGGGCACAGAAAGGGAUUUAUUGACAGAACAGCGACUUUUGCGGGAACUACACAGCCAUGCUUUGAAACAGGCUCCGUUUUUGAGCAAUGUUCCCUGAUAAAGAGCUUAUUCUAGCCCCAAAUGUGUUGAGUUUUAAUAGGCUUUCAAGCUAGUGUCAAGAAACAGGGGGGCUAGCGCAGGGUUGCAUCCGUUCCUAAGAGCUAUGUGUAACUAUUUGUUCAGGGAUGGAGAAUUGGAUCCGGCGAGCGGGAUGGAUUCUGAUCUCCCACGCAAGCUUGUGGGCAAGUUUGACUUGACAGUUGCCUGUCCUGUUCAUGCUCGUGCGGUUUGGAAAUCAAGUUGCGCAGGCCAAGGUGCUGUGCUUUGCAAGGCCCAACAAACAGCGGAUUGCCAGGGCUGGCAUAGAUCAUUGGGCUUCCCAAGUGCUGCAUGUUGGGCUUUCCCAGAGAUUUGCAAGUGUCGCCAAUCAAAUAUGUUACUUGGUGUAUGGCUGCAGUUCCCUGAGAAAGAUGAUUGAAUGUCGAAGCACGAUAGGAAUUGUAGCUCUGUGAGGGUAAUAGUGGUGUCCUAACAGCUCUCAGUGGGACGCGGGUGGCGCUGUGGGUUAAACCACAGAGCCUAGGGCUGCCGAUCAGAAGGUCGGUUCGAAUCCCCAUGACGGGGUGAGCUCCCGUUGCUCAGUCCCUGCUCCUGCCAACCUAGCAGUUCGAAAGCAGGUCAAAGUACAAGUAGAUAAAUAGGUACCGCUCCGGCGGGAAGGUAAACGGUGUUUCUGUGUGCUGCUCUGGUUCGCCAGAAGCGGCUUAGUCAUGCUGGCCACAUGACCCGGAAGCUGUAUGCCGGCUCCCUCGGCCAGUAAAGCGAGAUGAGCGCCGCAACCCCAGAGUGGGUCACGACUGGACCUAAUGGCCAGGGGUCCCUUUACCUUUAACAGCUCUCAGCACUAUGGACAAAUUACAGUUCCCAGGAUUCUUUGGCGGAAGACAUACCGCUUUAAGCCAUACCACUUUGGGGACCACUUCAAGCUGUACAGUGCAGAUAGAACUGUUUUUGGGGAUGGCAGAUCUUCCCCAGCCGCCCCAACCCAAACUUGCUGCAAUGAGAUGAGGUUAGGUUCCAAGACUAGAAAAAUGCUCCCAGCCACUAUCUCAUCAGCUAUUAUAUUUCCUUGGGGACUGAGUCUGCAGAAAUGAAAAUGCUUCUGCAGUGCAAGAUUCACCCUAUUAGCCUUAAUGACUGCUAAUAGCAUGUGAGGUGGGGGGGUGGGAAGGCUGCAGCCGCUCGGAGUCUAAUUUCUAACCCAGUAUUCCGCACAGCCUUACCUCCUUCCAUCAGCUGAGUCCCACCCUGACAUUCCUCCCCACCCCACCCCUGCUUAGAGCUGAACAUCGCUUGUGACCCAAAUCAGGGAAACGAUAGAAAAUUAGGUUUCGUGAUUUACAGAACUUGAAGCAUUUUUGAGGACAGAAAUUGGAGUCGCCUAGUGACGGCCCCUAGGAAUAAUCUGCCUGAAAUUUUCCUCAGCAUGGAUGCCUUUCUGCUAGUUGGUCUCUGUGAAAGCAUCUGCACAGGCCACAUGAGCAAAGAGAGGGGAAGAAGGCCUUGGAUUCUUCUGUUUGAAUGCCCUGCUUCUGUACUCUGGUGUCUUCUCAUAUACAUAACGCUUCCAGAAAGGGUCCACAAAGUGGCUUACCCCAAAAUUCCCCUCUGCUUUCCUGAGAGGGACACCUGGUAGCGGCAGCAUAUGCCUCGCAUUCAAACGUACCUCAGCCGCAAACACCCGGUGGUGUGUCAACCUUGGCUUCCCAUGUGCAAUAGAAAUAUUUUAUUUCAUUUCAUUUCAGAAUGAAAUGAGGUUGGUUAGAUUGGGAGAGAGAAGUAAUAAUAAUAUUUUUUUUAUUUGUACCCCGUCCAUCUGUCUGGGUUUCCCCAGCCACUCUGGGCGGCUUCCAACAAAGAUUAAAAAUACAUUAAAAUAUCACACAUUAAACUUCCCUGAACAGGGCUGCCUUCAGAUGUCUUCUGAAUGUCAGGUAGUUGUUGUUCUCUUUGACAUCUGGUGGGAGGGCGUUCCACAGGGCGGGUGCCACUACCGAGAAGGCCUUCUGCCUGGUUCCCUGUAGCUUUGCUUCUCACAAUGAUGGAACCACCAGAAGGCCCUCGGAGCUGGACCUCAGCGUCCGGGCAGAACGACGGGGGUGGAGACGCUCCUUCAGGUAUAACUGGCCCAAUGUCACCCAUUGAGCUUUGUGGUUGAGUGGGGGUUUUGAACCAAGGUCUCCCUGGGCCUAGUCUGAUACUAACUACAACUUUGAAUACUUGAAAUGUGCAUAACUUUAUUUAUGAUGAUGGUUACUUCAAAGAUGGAUGCACAAGGGGAAACUGAGCCAUAUGUUGUUAAUAUUCGCAUGCACAAGGAUUUACGGAGUAUUAAAUUUUAUUGCAUUUGCAUUUUUUCCUUCCUGUAGCAGAGGUAAUUCUUCCCUCCUCUGUUUUAUCUUGACAACAAUCUUGUGAGGUUGGUAAGGCUGAGAUGGUUUCAUGGUUGAGAGAAAACUUGAACGAGCCGUACAGUCCCUCCACCGAAAGAGCUGUUGUAGCAUCCUGGUUAAGCACGUGAGAUUUGAGCCAAGAAGUCCUUGGAACAAAAUCUCAGAUAUGAAUUCUUACAGCCUUGACCCAGCACCUGGGAUCUGCAGGUGCUGCUGACCUGAUCUGUGUGUCGUGCCGUAAGGAUUACGGAGAUAAUUACAUGAAGUGCUUUGAACAUUCUCAAGCGCUGUAGAAAUGCAAAUUAUUAGCACUAGUAGUGGUACUGUUAUGCCAGGGUGGCAUAAUGGUUACAGUGUUGGCCUAUAACCUGGGCGACGAGGGUUCAAAUCCCCCCUCAGCCAUGAAGCUCACCUUGGCCCAGUCACCAUCUCUUAGCCUAACCUACCUCACAGGGUUGUUGUGCGGAUGAAAUGGGUAGGAGGGGAACCAUGCGCACCACACUGAGAUUCUUGGAAGAUAAAAGGUGUUAUAUAAAUGUAAUAAAUAAAUAUAUAUAAUUAAUAAUAGUACUUCAUCCAUUAAUACAAGUAAACGCUUACCAAAUAAUCCCUACUCCUUCAGUGCUUUAACUUCUCUCUCAGUGAGAAUGCCUUAAGCGUCUGAAGAACUGAGGCACAUAUUCACACAAGCGUGGACUGAGACCCUAAAGUAAAGCUCUCUAGGUCUCUAAGGCCCCAUACUGGGGUGUGGGAUGGUUUGUGGCCCCUUCCCUGCCUCUUGAUGCCAGUCGUGUCACUUGCGCAUGACAUUUUUGGCUCCCAUUGUGUAAGUGUUCAGUCUGUGAUGCUGGAGAAGUUUUGGUGGGUUUGCCAGCUUUCUCAGCAUUAUGAAGAAAAUACUGAUUACUAAUGGUGCUUCAGUCAACUGAGCGGAGGCAGAACAAGGACAGGAGUCUGAGAGUCAAAACCUGGAGGCAUUCCAGUUACAAAGGAGGUACACAGCUUUGAACAGCCAAGGCAAUUAAUCAUGGGGACAGGCUGCCAGGAGAGGGUGGUUCUCUUUUCUUCCCCCCCCCCCCAAAGAAACACCACAUGCCACCUUUGGAUUAAAACUGCACUCCCUUUUUAAAGAAGAGGAAAUGGUCUUUAUUUUUCCUGAUGAAUCCAAAGUAAAUUCUGCCCUCUGGGUUUUGCACUUACGAUCAGUAGCUGAAUUCCUAAACAAAAGGUAAUUUAAUCCGUAGUUAACCCUUGGUAUGUUUAUAAAACAGGCAACCCCCGAUUUGCACAAGGGUUUCAUUCCGGAUCAUCGUGCACAACGGCGGAGCAUGCAUAAGCCCGUUAUGCUCCCUUUUCCAGCCACUUCCAGAUUGCCACAGUGUACAUGUGCACAUGUUUAUUGGACACGGGUAUCUUGGUCGUUGCCUGUAUUCUGUUGGAAACUGCCCAGAGUGGCUGGGGUAUUAUUAUUAUUAUUCUGCAUUGCACAUGGGGUUGUCCGUUUUGCUCAUGCAGAGACAGCACUGGAUAACAGCCAGUUUUUUAGAGGCGUUCCACUUGUAAUAACUAGAAAGCAAGCCCAUUGUUAACUUCUUAGUUUACUGACAAUUGUGCCCAUAUGUUCAGUUCCUAGUGCAACUAAAGAUUAUGGACUACAGCCUACUGUUGGGGAUCCAUGACGUGCAACGAGCUGAACAGGAAGAAGACGAGGAUGUGAAAGAGGAAGAGGAGGAUGGAGAGGGUGAACCUGGGGGUGUGGCAUCAGUAGGUUCCUAUGGAACUUCUCCUGAGGGUAUUGGCAGCUAUCUCAACUCCCACAAGCCUUUGGGACCUGGCGACUUUGACCCUUACAUUGAUGUCUAUGCCAUAAAAAGUGCUGAAAGUAAGUAAGGAUAAGAGGGAACUUUCCACAAGUCAACUUUGUCUUUAGUCAAGACACCUUAAUUAUCCUCUGUGACACAGGAGUCAGUCUGCCUACUUUGUGCCUUUGAUUGUAUAUUUCACUGAAUGCCAAUAUUCCAGCCAAUUAUUUACACAUUGCGGCAAUCUAUAGCAGCUCUCCCUUUGACCCUCCCCUUGUGGAAGCCACAAACCACAAUCCUUGUUUUAGGUUUUGUGUCUCAACUAGGAGUCGUGGCUGGUUCCCCCCACCUCCAAACAAACCAUGACAUGAAGCUAAGAUUUGUUUUUGACUUCUAUUUGCUAUUUGCUUCUGUGAAACAAACCAUAAUCCCCAAUUCAGAUAAAACACUAGACCUAACCCAGGGAUCCUGGUUUGUUGCUCCCGCUUGUAGAGAAGUGAAGUAGGAGCCAUUUACACGCUCAUGGUUAACCAUGCUUUACCAUGACAUGCAAACAUGGCUAAAAGAGAGUUCUACCAUGAAUGCUGUGGAGUUAACUGGGGAAGAAAACUCCAGAAAUCAGAGACAGAACUUGACUAGAUUGUUGUAUGUAUGCAUGCAUCAGCAAGAUUGUAGUGCAAGUACGUUAUCUACCCUUUGGCACCAAAUUUCAACGCCUUUUAAUUUUUAAGAAAAGGUUGUAGACCUUGAGGGUGCACACAAAAGCUGUGUCAGCUAGUGCCUGCUACGAUCUGAGAUGUCAAUCAGAUUUACGCAAGAUACCCAUGAACAAGCUUCCAUUUUUUGCCUUAUGUGGAUCCUGUUGUGAUCCUGAAGAGCUUCAUAGGACACAAGACACAAGAGCUUCAUGGGAGACUCUUCCGUUAAAAACUAGGUCUUGGAAGUCCUGUCUGGCCCUCUGAGCCAGAUUUCUCUUCUUUGAAGUCAUCACUCCUUCCUCCUUUGGGUCUUUCUUAAAUGUGGAAUCUAAAUGCCAGCUAAACUACACACAAAUAAGAAGAUGUGUACAUCUGCUCAACUUGCUUAGUUUUGAUUGCAGAAAAUGUGGCUUGUGGGAGAGAGGGUGGCUCACACAGCCCUUGCUGUAGGCGAGUCAGGUGGAUAUCUGCUUCCUGGAGAGGAGUUAGAUUUGAUAAUAUGGAUUCUGAAGUUCACUUCCUGCCACUGUAGUACCGUAUUUUUCGCACCAUAGGGCGCACCGGACCAUAGGGCGCACCCAGUUUUUAGGGGGGGAAAUCAAGAAAAAAAAUAUCCCCCCCCCCAGCCCCAAAGAGCAGCGUACAGGCUGCGCACAACCUCUCCCUGCCGGAGGGGUUGAGCGGGGCUAUGGCACAAGCCAAGGCAGCAAGCAGGAUGGAUCCCGCUCGCUGUUUUGGCUUCCUCUUUAGCCCCGUGCAGCCUCUCCUUGCCGGAGGGGUUGCGCGCAGUUAUGGAGGAAGCCAAGGCAGCGAGCGGGAUGGAUCCCGCUCGCCGUUUUGGCUUCCCCUUUAGCCCCGUGCAGCCUCUCCUUGCCGGGAGACGCUGCGCAGGGCUUUCCUGGCUUUCCUGGGAGGUGGGGGGAUUUCCUCGCCUCUCCCAAAAGCCCGCAGAAGCCGCGCAACCCCUUUAAAGAGAUCACGGCUUCUCCUGGCUUUCCUGGGAGGUGGGGGAAUUCCCUCACCUCUCGCAAAAGCCCGCAGAAGCCGCGCAACCCCUUUAAAGAGAUCGCGGCUUCUCCUGGCUUUUCUGGGAGGUGGGAGAAGGGACUGAUGCGGCCAGUCAGUCCCUUCUCCCUCCUGUGGAAAAGCCCGCAAGAGCGCACGGAGCUUAUGUGCGGCUCUUGGGGGCUUUUCCCGCCUGCCUCCCCCCUGCAUUCGCUCCAUAGGACGCACACACAUUUUCCCUUGCUUUUUAGGAGGGAAAAGGUGCGUCCUAAGGUGCGAAAAAUACGGUAUUUUCUGGAUGCUGCCACUGGUGGCUUCAUCUGUAAAAUGCAGGCUUCUUUAGGAAGAAACAUGUAGAAGAUGAAUUAAUCAUUCUUGAAUUGUUUGCUAUACUUGGGGCAGGAAGGGAUUCUUCCCAAAUUUAACUGAUAUAAUCUAAUGUUCCUUAUGUGGCUUUUUUGUCUUUCCUCCCAGCUUGAGCUUGUUUCACUUUCUUGAGUUAUUGGGCAUUUUUCAGUUCUUAUGCUACUUUGGUUUGGUGCAUCCUAUUAAUUCCUACUUACGUCCCAUGUACCCUUGACGGUGUAGUUUUAUGCAUUGGGUGGGGGGUAUGCUGACAGGUUCCCUCCUGCCCCCACCCAGUCCUAAGAUUCAGUAACUCACAUUUUGCCCUGUUGGAAUCCAAUGUGGAAAAAGCCUCAUGGCAUGAGGGGUGUGUGUGUGUGGUGGAAUGCAGAGGGUAGCGGUGCCCAUGAGCUUCAUUGACUCUCUUUACUUUUCCAGAUAGCCCCCAGAAGGAGGUUUAUUUCAUGGGCCUGAUUGACAUCCUCACACAGUAUGAUGCCAAGAAGAAGGCUGCCCAUGCAGCUAAGACCGUCAAGCAUGGGGUGAGUCUGGCCCGCACAGUUCUUCACAAUGGGCCCCCUAGGUGUGGACUCUGGUGGCCCACAGCUAGCCUUACUAAAUCAAAGAGUCAACUACAACCCCCAAGUGGGGAUUUCCAGACUUCUGGUCAAUUUCAUAGCAUCCAUAGUGGUGACUGUAGCCACAACCUAGAGACCAAAAAAGGUGGACUAGUGAGACAGCAUCAUCUUCAGGGGGUGGGGUGAUAAAAAUGUCACACCGUGUGAAUGAUUUAUUCCGAAGUCAUUUUUAUUGCAUAAUUGGCUUAAUCCUUUUUGUGCCAGAGGCACUUCCUUGAAAUAAAGUGGCAUCAGUACUAAACUAGGCCAGGGUUGGGGGUUAUAUAAUGCCAAAGCAGACACUGGAAAGCACAUGUGUGUGAGAGAAAUGGUUGAUCAAGGCCAUUUUCAGACUUCUGUUCAGAUGUUCUCUCUUCCUAGCCCUUCCAAUAUAUUUGGUCCUCAAACUGUUAUUUUUCCUAGUUUGUGUGGAAAGAUAGGGGCGUUUUAUGGUGGUUGUUGACACUUUGUCUUCCAUUUCAGGCUGGUGCAGAGAUCUCCACGGUGCAUCCAGAACAAUAUGCCAAGCGCUUUCUGGACUUCGUCACAAAUGUAUUUGCUUAGCAGUUGUGCAGUCUGUCUUGUUGGCUGAAGCUUCAGAUCAAAGGCUUUCCUGCCCUCCUCCCCCCACCUGUAGUUCUCCCUCUCUCCCCCACCCCAAUUCUCAGUAAGAGGGAUGGUUUCCCCCCCUGCUGUUUGGGUCAGCAGGAGAGUUGGGUUGACUUGAGCCCCAUUGUGGCUGGUCUGGGGGAUGGCUGCUGAAUCAAGUGCCUUAUCUUUGACCUUCCGUCGGGAUGAACAACCGUCCAGAGCACUAAAGAGGUCGCUGCUUUUGAAGGCAGCCUAAGCAGGAGAAAGAUGGCUGGCUUCAGAUUCAUCCCAGCAUUGAUAUUCUCUAUCCUCUAAACUGUACAGGGAACAUGCUACAUUGGUGACUCUGGUCAGGGCAGGAUCUAAGCUCGCACAUAAGGUUUAAUGGUAUUUCAUUCAGAGACAGAAUAAUAUGCAAUAAGAAUUUAGUCUUGUGCCUUGAAAGAAGGGGGUCAAGUGGAUUCUUCCCCAUUUAUGCAAUCAAUUCCCUCUGAGGGUGACUGAUAGUAUAUAUUAACUUACCCCAUGAUACCCAGUGGUAGUGCCUCGGUGUUUCAAAGUCCUCCUCCUUAUUCUUUACCUCCUGAGUGGCGUUGGCUCCUUCUAGCACUCUAGUAAAUAGCAGAGGUUCUGAUGAGCAUCCUGUGAGCCUAGCACUCCAGUUCUCACUCCCAGCAGGGCAGCCUCCACUAAACCUUGUUGCCAAAGUUCUGCUCCUUACGGCAAGAGCCUCUUCCACGAAGGGCUGCUUUCAGAAGUCCUAUGAUUCUCCCUCAGCCAUCACUCCAAAGGAGGAUUAGAACUGAUUCAGGGUUUGGGAGCUACUUUGGGGCUGCCAGUGGGGAUUUGAGAAUGUCCUCUAGGUGGCUUGCUGUGCCUGCUUUGGCAGAGGGAGAUGGGUGUGUGUAGGGGAAAAGAGACAGAAUUAUUCUGGCCCUGUGUAGUAUACUGCAUCCAGCUGUUCCCCUUGCUUCAGUAUGUACCAGACUGUGUUGAGUAGCUCUGCUCACUAGUAAGGCUGUGACUGUAGUAAGUCCUGGCUUCCCAGCUCCACCCAAAGAUAGCUUGUCCAGUUGAAGCCUCCAGAAAAUGUCAAGGCGAAAGCCUUAUCUGCUCCCUGUUUUAGCAUAGCUUUUGGGGACAGGAUGAUGUGGAAAUGCCAUGCCCAGGAAGGGGGCGUUUUCAGAAACAUUAUGUGUGUGUGCGCGCGCAAUCUUGUGAAAGGGGCCCUAAAUGUUUCCUUCUGAACUAGCAAACUUAUAUGCUGAGGGAUGUCAACCUGUCUGUCAGUAGCUGUGUGGUGGGGCUCUCUGAGGAAGCAGUUUAUAUGCCAAGGAGCUGUGAGGUGUCUUAAAGAGAACAUCCCUCUGUAAUAGUGUAUUCAUUAGUUCAGCAGAGCACAGCUGUCAAGGUUGAUCACGGGCCAGUUGCUCUUCCUGGACUGGCGCACCAACUUAACACGCCAAGGCAGCUGUUCUGGUAAGGAGAGAGGCUUAUGGCAGGCUCUGACAGUGGCACAGCCAACCAGCUGGCUGCUUUAGGCCUAGAACUCGGGGUAGUGCUGUGCUCUUCCACCAGUUCCCUCCCCUCUGCCCCUAAUAUUGUGGUUCUGCUGGGACUUGAUGCCAUUCCUUCAAUGCAAUAAAGCUUGUGCCAUGGAAACAUGCUUGUGCCCUGGGGCUGUUGUACUAUCAGCCCCUUUUCAAUGUUUCUUAUUGUAUAAGACGUUGUGUAUUUCCAGUUCACUCUUGUAUCACAUAGAAAUAAAUUAUUGAACCAGAAGUUGUCUGCAUGCAAAAAUCCAGCUGUACCUGAGCUGCUCCUAUUCUGCCAGUAUGGGAGAAGCCCAGUGGAAGGACAAGGCUGCUCUUGCUCGUUUGACUAAAAACUGUACCCCAGUAGCAAAGAGAAAAUGCUGGGAGGGGGAUCUUACAGAAGCCCUAAUAUUGGUCGCUUUGCAUGCCUGUACUGGCCAUGGCGAUGGUUCUGGACACAAAAAUCAUUAUUACUGCUGACAGCCAGGAUUAAUUAGGGGGAAGAUGAUGCCCAUAUUACUUGGGAUGCACUUGCCUUUAUUAUGUGCUGCUUACCGUAAUUGUCCUGGCUUGAACUUUCUCACUGAAAAUAGUUUUGGAACCUGUUGGUUGUUGGCUGCCCUGCCUUUUCUGAGUGCCAUGAUGCCUCGUUCACUCUCAGGCUUCAUACAUAAUAAAUCUUGUGUUCAUGCAUCC